AUGGCGGAAGACAAACCCAUGGAUAUAUCCAAAAAGCAAGAUAUUAAAAGUUUUGACCCAAAGAAGUUUUUCGUUGACCUGGCGACCGGUGGCACCGCCGCUGCAAUAUCAAAAACUGCAGUUGCUCCUAUCGAAAGAGUGAAAAUAUUGUUGCAAGUUCAAGAUGCUCAGAAAACAAUUGCUGUUGAGAAGCGCUACAAGGGUAUACUUGAUGUUCUGAUUCGAGUUCCUCGCGAACAAGGCUUAUUUGCUCUAUGGCGGGGUAAUUUGGCUAAUGUAAUCCGAUAUUUCCCCACACAAGCUCUUAAUUUUGCCUUCAAGGAUACAUUCAAAAAGAUGUUCAUGGGAGGGUUAGACAAGGAAAAACAGUUCUGGAAAUUCUUCGCAGGUAAUCUUGCAGCAGGUGGCGCUGCUGGUGCGGCAUCGAUGUGCGUUGUAUACCCGUUAGACUUUGCUCGAACUCGACUUGCUGCUGAUAUCGGUAAAGGUGAUAGCCGAGAAUUCAGGGGAUUGACGGAUUGUAUUGUGAAGGUUGCAAAAUCCGAUGGUGUAGUUGGAUUAUACAGGGGUUUCCUGGUAUCAGUACAAGGAAUUAUCAUUUAUCGUGCAGCUUAUUUUGGUAUGUUUGAUACUGUGAAAACACUUGUGGCUGGUGAAAAGAAACUGAACUUCUUCUUCGCUUGGAUGAUUGCACAAGUGGUAACUGUAAGCUCUGGAAUACUUUCAUAUCCUUGGGAUACUGUACGCCGUCGAAUGAUGAUGCAAUCUGGACGUAAAGAUAUCCUUUACAAGAAUUCAAUGGAUUGUGCCGUAAAAAUAAUUAGAAACGAAGGCGCCAGUGCGAUGUUCAAAGGCGCAUUAUCAAACGUUUUUCGAGGUACCGGUGGUGCAUUGGUAUUAGCUAUUUACGAUGAGAUUCAGAAGUACCUGUAA